AUGAAGCUGUACGUGUUCCAGGUGAACAACGGCAGCACGCUGACCUUUGACACCGACCUCGCUGUCCAGACUGUGUUGGAGCUCAAACAUGCCAUCCAGUCCAAGUACAAGGUCUCGGUCCAGCACCAGGUCCUGGUGGUCAAUGGAGGAGAGUGCAUGUCUUCAGACAGGAGGGUGUGCAGCUACAGCGCCGGCACCGAGACCAACCCCAUCUUCCUCUUCAACAAAGAGAUGAUCCUGUGUGACCGCGACCCCACCAUCCCCAAGACCACCUUCUCCAUGGAGAGUGAGAUCCAGGUCAAGGUGGAGGAGUCUCUGCUGAUGCCUGCUGUCUUCCACACCGUGGCCUCGCGCACCCAGCUGGCUCUGGAGAUGUUCGAAGUGGCGAACAAACUGAGCUCCUUCUGCGAGCGUCUGGUCCAUGACGAGCACCUGCAGCACCAGGGCUGGGCCGCCAUCAUGGCCAACCUGGACGACUGCACGCUGUCCUACCAGAAGCUGCUGCUGCAGUUCAACACAGCGUACUGUGGCUACCAGACCGACCUGGAACACAUCAAGGUCAAACUCAGCAAGUUGGGGACGGCGGUCUCCGUCAUGGCGAGGAUCCCCCUGCUGGAGUGUUUGACCAGACACAGCUACAGAGAGAGCCUGGAGAAGUCCAGCCCCUCCCCGGAGAGGGACCCGGACGAGACCGAGGAGGACACACCCACCCGCUCGAUGCUCCACGCCGCCGAAGCCCCGCCCCCCUCUGCGUCCCAGCAGGAGGCCGGCGAGAUGACGGACAGCGGCGGGCUGAGGGCGGCGCUGCUGGACGAGGACCCCCCCGAGCAGACCCCCCUGUCGUCCUUCAACGUGACGCUGCUGGACUGGAUCAACGUUCAGGACCGACCCAACGACGUGGAGGCCGUGGUCAGGAAGUGCUUCGACUCCAUCAACAGGCUGGACCCGCGGAUCAUCCAGCCCUUCCUGGCAGACUGCAGAGACACCAUCUCCAAGCUGGACAACCAGAACAUGAAGGCCAUCAAAGGUCUGGAGGACCGGCUGUACGCUCUGGACCAGAUGAUCGCCAGCUGCAAGAAGCUGGUCAACGAGCAGAAGGAACUGGCUCAGGGAUUCGUGGCCAAUCAGAAGCGUGCAGAGAACCUGAAGGACACGUCUGUGCUCCCUGACCUGUGUCUGAGUCACACCAACCAGCUGAUGAUCAUGCUCAACAACCACAGGAAGCUGCUGGACAUCAAGAAGAAGUGCACAACCGCUAAACAGGAGCUGGCCAACAACCUGCAAGUCCGACUGAAGUGGUGCUGUUACGUCAUGCUGCAUGCAGAUCAGGACGGGGAGAAGCUGCAGGCUCUGCUGCGCCUCCUCACCGAGCUGAUGGACCGGGUGAGGGUGGUGGAGGCGCUCAGCACCGUGCCUCAGAUGUACUGUCUGGCCGUGGUGGAGGUGGUCCGCAGGAAGAUGUUCAUGAGCCACUACAGAGAGUGGGCUCAUGCGCUGGUGAAGGAUGGAAAGAAGCUGUACGAGGCCGAGAAGUUCAAACGGGAGUCCUUCGGAAAACUCUUCAAGAAGUCGUUCCUGCAGAACCGCCUGUUUCGAGGACUGGACUCGUGGCCCCCGGUGUCGUUCUGCACUCGGAGACCUCGCCGGUUUGACGAGGAGCUUCCGGACAUCUCGGUCCAGGACCUGCAGUACCUGAAGUCCUGCUGUCCCGCCGAGGUGCAGCCCUUCCUCAUGGUGCCCACCAUGUGCGACUUUGAGCCUCUGAAUCAUCACGUGGAGACUCUGCACCAGCUGGUACAGGCGGCGCAGAGCGUGGACGAGAUGUCUCAGACCAUCACGGACCUGCUGACUGAGCAGAAGGCGUCUUGCAGUCACAGCGCUCACCGGUCGUCCGCGGCGACGCCUCAGUCUGACAGCUCAUGUACGUCAGCGGCUGCGGCGCCGUCCAGAACGCCCCCCUCCCUCAGCCUGCCGGGACCCGGCCAGCAGCCCCCCCUCGUGCCGGUCCCGGCCCCGCUAGAGGACUUGUCCCCCGACAGCAUCGAUGCACAGACCUUUGACUUCGAGACCAUCGGGCACCCGGGCCUGGACCCGGGCCUGCAGCAGGGCUCCCUGGACCUGGACUCGCUGGUGGAGAGCCCCGAGUCCGACUUCCUGUCGGCCGUCAACGAGUUUGUGAUGGAAGAGAACCCCUCCUCCCCCAACCCCAUCAGCGACCCCACCAGCCCCGAGAUGAUGGUGGAGUCUCUGUACUCCUCCGUCAUCAACGCCAUCGACAGCAAGCGGCUGCAGGACACCUCCACCCUGGAGACGGACAGCUCCCGGGUCUCCGCCCUCAGGCACCAGGUGGAGAAGUACCGCUGCGCUGCCCAGGAGUCCCGGUCCGGCCUGACGGGGGUGAAGCGGGACCUGGACCACCUGAGGGCGCUGCUGUUCCAGGAGCGGCGGGACUUGGACUCGGCGCUGCGCGGCGUGACCUCUGACCUCCAGAGCGUGUGCCGGACCCUGGAGCGGCAGCACGGGGACGAGCUGCAGAGCGUCCGGGCCGAGUCGGACCGGCGGGUCCAGGCGCUGCAGGACGAGAACCAGCUGAACCAGAACAUCGUCCGGGACGUCCAGCGGGCCAUGCUGGAGCUCGAGGGCCUGAUGGAGCGCAAGGAGAAGGAGCUGAGCCAGCUGGAGCAGGACCGGGAGCGCUGGGCCCAGACCCACAGCAGCCAGUCCGUCAGGAUCCAGAGCCUGGAGGAGACCGCCUCCCAGCAGGCCCAGCAGGCGGAGGAGCUGUCGGCGUGCAAAGAGCGUCUGAGCGGCCAGGUGGAGGCGCUCCGGGCGGAGAUGGAGGACGGGGAGCAGAGGAUCCGGAGCGAGAUGGAGGACGCCGCCCAGCGGCGCCUCCAGGAGGUGCAGCAGGAGCACCGGGCAGAGCUGGAGGUCCUGAACCAGGACCGGCAGGAGGCGCUGCGGCGAGCCGCUGACCAGCACAGCUCGCAGCUGAGCGAGGAGGCGGAGCGUCACGCCGCCGCGCUCUCCGAGAAGGACCGGCAGCUGGCGGAGCUGCGGGAGCAGCUGGCCCGGCUGGAGGCGGACGCCCAGGAGCUCCGGCAGCUGCUGGGCGGGGCCCGGCUGCAGCGGGACGAGACGCAGCAGCAGACCGCCGUCCUGAGCCGGGAGCUGCAGGAGCUGAAGACCCGGCUGCAGCUGAAGAACCAGGAGUACGAGGACGACCUGGCCGAGCUCCGCAGCCUCAUGAGGGUGGAGAAGGACCACUGCAUCUCCGAGCUGGUGGAGCGCCACGACGAGGAGGUCCUGCUGCUCCGGAACCAGCUGGCCUCCCUGCAGCGGGAGGCGCUGGAGGCCCGGGACAGCCAGGAGAGCCACGGCCUGCAGCAGCAGACACUCCGGGAGGAGGCGGAGCGCUGCGCCGCUGCUCUGCGCGACGAGAAGGAGGAGCAGAGGAGGAGCUUCCAGGAGGUGGAGCAGCAGCUGAGGGGGGAGAUCAGGAAUCUGCAGGCAGAAACCCAGCAGCUCUCCAAGAGGGUGGAGCAGCAGCAGGUGGAGGAGCAGCAGCAGCAGCAGGUGGACAGACUGCUGGACCAAAUUAGACGACUGGAGAAGGAGCUGCAGGAGGCCCGGUCUUCAAGUGCUGCAGGCGUGUGCGCGCUCGGUGGGGGACCAGCGGACGCUGCAGCUCCUCUGUCUCUGGACUCGGCCCUGCAGCAGGAGAGAACCUCCCUGAACGCUCAGCUGGAGCUGCUGGAGAAGAAGAAGAACGAGGAGAUCCAGAACCUCAAGACGUCGCUCAUCGCAGAGCAGCAGACCAACUUUAACACAGUUCUGACCCGGGAGAAGCUGAAGAAGGAGCAGAUCAUUCAUGAUCUCAAGGAGCAGCUGCUCAAGGUCACCCAGCAGCAGGAGAAGGACAAAGCUCUGAUAGAGACGCUCUCUGAGGACCGGGCCAGUGUGAUGCAGGAGAAGAAACAUCUGGAGGAGGAGCUCAACCGUCUGCGCAGCACCGCCCUGCUCUCCUCCACCUUCUUCGGCCCUCCGGCCCCCGAGACCCCCCGGGACCCCGGGGCCUCUGAGGCCGCGGCUGCUGGCAGGGCGGGGCUCGAGUCCGACCCCGACGCCGAGCGCCUGGCCUCCGUGGCGGCCAUCAGAGACGACGAGCAGGUGGACUCGGCAGUGGAGGCCAGCAUGGUGACCGUACAUGAUCAGAUGAUGUCUGAGGAGAAGCAGAGGAUCAUCCUGCUGGAACGGACGUUGCACAUGAAGGAAGAGGAGAACAAGAGGCUCAGUCAGAGGCUGAUGUCUCACAGCAUGUCCUCGGUGUCGACUCGACAUUCAGACAAGAUCGCCAUCAGAGAUUUCCAAGUGGGAGAUCUGGUUCUCAUCAUCCUGGAUGAAAGACACGACAACUACGUUCUGUUCACUGUCGGUCCAACGCUCUACUUUCUCCACUCCGAGUCUCUAACUGCGCUGGACCUCAAACCAGCUUCAGGGUCUUCCCGCCGUCCAUGGGUUCUGGGGAAGGUGAUGGAGAAGGAGUACUGUCAGGCCAAGAAGGCCCAGAACAGGUUCAAGGUUCCUCUAGGAACCAAGUUCUACCGAGUCAAAGCAGUGCCGUGGAACAGGAAGGUAUAACAGCUGACACAGUCACCCCCAGCCAGAACGUUAGAACCGCUGACGGAGCGACUGGACCGGAGCUGCCGCCGCCGCCGUGGCGGAACCCGCAGAACGGUCCUGAUAAUGUUGUGGCUGGUGGGUGAAGCGCUCUCUGGGAAGCAGGACUGCAGGACGUCUUCUUUCUUCACUCUCAUCUUCUCCUUUGGUUUGAACUUGAUUCAACGUCGUGGACCAAUAGCUCAGAACCCAAGGGGGCGUGGCCUGAUGGCCCGAGAGGGCGUGGCCCCAUACAUAGGGGCUUGUCCUUAAAUUAUGAGGGCUGUGUCCCUGAGCCUUUAGGGGUAGGGCUGUGCCCCUGAUUCUUGAGGGGUGUGGCCUUGACCCCCCCCACCCCCCCCCAAUUGGGGCGUAGCCACGAGCCCGAGGAGGCGUGGCCUUGAACACUAUGUGGCGGGGCUGGAGUUGGAUGUUAAUUAUUAGUUGUCAUUCUCAGCAUUUGUCCUUAGUGGAAGCUCCUGUGUCAAACCGAAGUCAGACUCAUCUAUUGUAAAUGUUGUGGAGGAAUGUUGACGGCAUGCACACCGACUCCUCUCUUUGGUUUGAGCCUCCAGAUUAAUGUCGUAGUGGGACUUCCUGUAGUUUAUGCUGUUUGUUGCUCACUGACGUGUUCAUGACCAGGGACUGACUCAAACAAUCCUUCACACGCACUUUGGAAACCUGCUGAAAAGGGAAAGAAGAAAUCAUCUCAGCACAGCGGAGAGACGCUCUCAUCCUGCACAGCAUUGUACCUACCAUCAGAUCAUGUGUAACCACAACCCGCUGUAUUGUAAAACAAGAGUUUUCAAACAAUAAAAAGGAUUG